AUGUACGAUUCUUGUUAUGAUAACAAUUAUCUACAUAAUUUUGAAUAUAAUUUAAUUAAGUCAUAUGACACUAUUAAGAAAAUACCAGAGAAAAGAGAAAAUAUUAACAUUGAUAAGGAUGACGAUGGUGAUGAUGAUAAUGAUGAUAUAUAUAUACACACCAAGAAUAUAGAUAAUUUAUGUUUGAAAAAGAAAAUAUAUUUGUUAGGUUUAAAUUAUGAUGAAUAUAUUUUAUUAAGAGGUAGUUUUCGUUUUAGAGUUAUAAAAGGGUUAAUUAAAUUUAAUGGAGAAAUAAUAAAACCUUCCUAUGAAUAUAGGAACGUAUUAAUACCUCAUUUUUAUCCCUUAUUUAAAUUGAUAGCUUUAAAUGUUAAUAAUGUAAAGUAUAAGGAUAAAAAAUUUAUAUAUGAUGAUGUGGGUUUGGUAAAUGUUGAUGAGGGUAAAAAAAAAUCAAGUGGUGCUUUGAGUAUUUUUGGACUUAUAAGAAAGAAUAGUAAUGAUACUAAUAAAAAUAAUGAUAAUAAUAAAAAUAAUGAUAAUAAUAAAAAUAGUGAUAAUAAUAAUAAUAAUAUAUUGAGUAAUAGCAGUAUCCAUAGUAAUCAUAACAAUGUUGUUAUUUUAAACAAUAAUGAUAAUAUGAAUACUUUUAAUAUUACAUCAAAUAAAGAUAAUUUAAAAAAUAUAGAUUUUGAUAUUCCACUAAAAGAUAACGAUUGUAUAUAUGAAUGUGCUCAAACCAUUUUAAAGAAUUAUUUAUUUGGAUUAAAUUUAUUACCUGAGGAUAAUUUCAAAAGAAAUGAUUUUUAUGAAUAUAUUAUACAUUGUAAUAAAGAAGAUGUAGCUGGUUAUUCAAGUUGUUAUAUGAUAAAUACUAUGAAAUUAAGUUUAUAUUUUGAAAAAUAUCCUAUUAUAAUUGCUUUUGAAAAAAAGAAAGACUUUUUAUAUUAUUUAUAUAAUAAUAAUAGCGGUCCUACAAAAUUAAAUUUAUCAAAUUUUAAACAAAAUAAUACACUAUAUAUUGAUACGUAUCAAUUUUCUUAUAUAUUAAAAGAGUUUCUAUUAUAUAUAUCUAAUAAAAAAACAUAUAAGAUACCAGAUAUUAUUAAAAAAGUAGAAGAUGUUGAUAAAAACUUGAAUAAUUAUUAUUUAUUGAAUAAUGUGGACAAAAAAAGUGAGAAGCCUACAAAUGAAUCAAUUUCAAAAGAUGUUAAUUAUCAUAUUGAUAAAGAUGGUGUUGUUAGAAUGUGUGAUCCAGGACAUUGUGAAACUCCAACUAAUUUAAAUAAUGAUACAAAUAAAUAUGCAAAUGUAGAUAAUGUGGAAAUUGUCGGUGUUCAAAAUGAAAGCUCUAAAUUAGAUAAGGAUAAAUGGUGGAAUAAUUUUAAAAUAAAUAAAGGUAAAGAAAAUAUUUUUGAAAUAUCAUCUGUUGAAGAAUGUAAAUAUGAAAUAGAUGAAAAUCGUAAUUUUGUUGAAACAAAAGAAAAUAAUAAUGUUAAGAAAGACGAUUCAAUAUUUAGUUUAUGGAAUACAUUUAGUAUAUCAAUUAUAGGGGAUAAAGGGAAAGGUAAAAGUUUUUUCGUUAUAAAUUUUAUCAAUAAUUUAUUAAAUUAUUAUAAAGGUGUUAUAUUAAUAGAUAUUGAUGUAGGUCAACCAAUUAUAGGAUUAAGUGGGUUUUUAUCUAUAUAUAAAAUUAAGUGUCCUAUAAAUAAUUAUAAUUUUUUUUAUGUUGAUAAAAAUAAAUAUAAAUGUAUAAAAAAAAUAUUUUUUGGAAGCUGUUCUAUAAAUGAAAAUGUGAAUUAUUUUAUUAAAUGCUUAGAAUAUUUAUAUUAUUAUUUAUAUUUUGUAUAUUUAAAAAAGAAAGAAGAAAAAAAGAAUAAGAAGAAAAAGAGUGCAAAAUUUUGUUUUCCUAUAGUUAUCAAUACAUUUGGUUGGAUAAAAAAUAUUGGAUUAUUUUUAUUAAAUUUAAAUAUUUAUUUAAGUAAAUGUAAUUUUGUUAUACAAAUUGAUUCAUUAAAAAUUCCUAAGACAUUGAAGAGAAAUAUGAGUAAACAAAGUUUACAUUCGUAUAUGUUUAAUGAUUUACUUUUAAUAAGAGAAGACGAUAAGGAAAAUACAUUUUAUAGUAUUUUAAAUUUGAAUAAUAAGAAGGUAAAUGUUAUUUCUAAAAAAUUUUCCAUAUUUAAUAUUAUAAGUGAAUAUAGUAAAUUAGAUGAGAGUCAUUUUAUAUUUUAUAAUUUUUCUAUGUCUUUUCAAAAUGAGGAAGAAAAAGAAAAAGAAAGAAAGAGAAGGCUUUCUAACAUUUCUUCUUAUACUUCAUCAUCUACAUAUAAUUCAUAUAAUUUAUCAGGUGUGAAUCAAAAGGAUGGUAAUAGUUAUAAUAUGCGUGGAUAUAAAUCAUAUGGAAAUUAUGAUAAUUAUGAAAAUUAUGGAAAUACAAUGAAUGAUAUGAAUAGUAACAAUAAUAAUAAUAUGAUUAAUACAUAUUAUGGUAGUUAUAAAAGUUCUGGAGAUUAUUAUAAGAAGAGUUAUAAUAGUAGUAGUAAUAAUAAUAGUAAUUUGUAUUAUGAUAAUAAUAUAUGUAAUUAUUCAAAAAAUAUGUUUUUAAAUAAUCAUACUAAGUCAAAUAUUAUUAAUCAUACAUAUAAUAGAGCGCCUAUUGGUUCAUGCCCAAGUUUUAAUAAUAAUAGUGGUAAUAAUAGAAGAAGUAAUCCAUGUUCAUUAAUGGAUUAUAUGCAUAAAGCGAAACACUUAAAGUUUGAUGAUCACGUUAUGUUUUCUUCAAAUGUUGAUAGAUAUGAAGGUAACAGUAGAGGUACAUUAAAUGAAAAUGUGUGCUAUAAUAACAAAAUAGGACAUAAUGAAUACAGCAAUAAUAAUAAUAAUAAUAAUAAUAACUAUUAUUAUAAUUAUAAUGAUAAGAAUCGAAAUGAUAUAUAUCAAUUUAAUGAAUCAAAUUAUAAAAAUAUUGAAAAUUAUGAUUAUUAUAUUAGUAAGAUGUCUCAUUUUUUUGAUAGGAAUUGUGUUAGGGUUAUAAAUUAUGUUAGUUAUAAAAAAUUUUUAUCUUAUAUUGAUAUGGACAAAAAAAAAUAUAAAGAUAAAAGUGCUUCUAUUUUACCAAAAAAUUUAAGAGCUUAUAGAUUUUUUUCCUACUUCUUUUAUAAAUUUAAAGAAAUAAUCUUUUAUAUACACAGUUAUUCUUUUUAUGAUGGAUUGAAUGACUUUUUUUUUAAACACGAAAGUUAUGUUAGAAGUUUUAAUUUUUCUUCUUUAGAUGAAAAUAUUGAAGAAGAGAUAAAAAAUAUGGAUGCAGAUAAACAAAUUCUUGAGGAUGACCAAAAUUUAAAAUGUGAAGGAGAAGAAAAGAGUUUACUACCACCACUGAGUAAUGAUGUAAUACAUGAUUUAAUGCCUCUAGAAAGCACCUUGAAGAGUAUUCCAUUAAAUAUAAUAAAUGAUAUUGGUGAUAGAACAUUACAUAUUGAUGUACCAUAUUUGAGUAAUGAGGAUGAUACAAAUAAUAUAAAUAAGAAAGAUAACUCUGCAGAAAAUAACAACAAUGAUAAGAUAGUUACGAGUAUUAACACGGAUGAUUAUCAUAAUAAUAAUAAUAGGAAAGAUGAAAAUAAUAAGACGAACCAUCAUAAUAAUAAUAUGGAUAAUCCAUAUAAUAGUGGUGAAAGGAUAAAUAAUACAUAUUAUGAAGAUGAUAAGGUAAAUAAAAAGAAUUGCAUAUAUUCAUGUGUGUUAUUCGAUUUAAAAAAUAUAAAACUAAGUAAUUUACAAUUCAAAAAUGAUUCUUCUGAAUUUUCUGAUAAUGAAGAUUUUAUAGCGUUUAAAUAUUUCUUUAAUAAUAUAAUAUGUUUAUGUAAUGAUAAUUCAAACAAUGUAAAAAAAGAUAAUAUAUCAAGUAAUAUUAAUGAAAAGAAUGAAGAGAUAAUUUAUCAUAUCGAUAAAUUAGAUAUAAAUAAUAAUUUUGAAAAUGUAAAUUCAAUAAUAAAAAUGGAAGAUUUAAAAAAGAAUAAUGUUAAAUUAAUUCCAAUAAAUGAAUCAUUUACACAUAUAUUAACAGCAUAUGUAAAAUUAAUUGAUAAUAUGAAACUUAUCAUAUAUUUACCUCAUUGGUUUAUUGAUUAUGAUUUACUUAAACAAGUCAAUACUUUUGUUACAGGCUCAGGUUUAAUACCUUAUAAUAUAAAUGAUAUAAUUAAUAAUUAUUCGGUUUAUUUAGAUAUUAUGAGUCCCAAAGAUAUGAAAAUUAUUAAAUACUUGAAGGAAAGAAAAACAUCUUCCUCUUCAGAAUAUUUAUGA